AUGGGUAUUAAAGGUAGAAGGAAACGGCUCCGUGAACGAGAGCUGAGGGCGGAUGCACAAGACUCUCAGCAUGACGAGAUGGGGAAUGUGGGUUACCAUGGUAACGGUGAAGAUGCUGACGGCGGAAGUGAAGACGUUGCGAUGAUGGCUGAUGGUGUCUUGCAGCCUCCUAUGGAUUAUAACGGCGGGUUACGCAUGAAAAAGACGGAAUUUUUUAACAUGCAGGAUAUGGAGUACCUGGAUCGCAUUGCGGAGGAGCACGCCAAUCGCCGCACCAGCCACAUGCGCAAAAGGCGGCGGGAAGAAGAUGUUGAGGCCGCUGUAGCCCAAACAGAGGAAUUGAUGCAGCACCACUACGAAACGGAGGAUGCACUGCAAGCUCUUUUUAGGCGGCCCAACAGCGGUGAGAUGAAAGGGGGCGAGGAGGGAUUGCUUGAACGGCGUCGGCGGGUGGGCAGAGGCGCACGCUUUGGACAUCCUCUUAUUGGCAUUGAUCCACAGAUUGUACGGGGACUGGAGGCGGAAGGCUUUUAUCGUAUGACGACCAUUCAAGAGCGAGUCAUUCCAUACGCCUUGGAGGGUUAUGAUCUCCUCGGACAGGCAAAGACGGGGUCUGGAAAGACGCUUGCCUUCUGCGUUCCUGUUUUGCACGCGACUCUCAACCUUGUUCAUAAGCGGCCCAACGCAACGUAUACUCUGCUACUCGCUCCCACAAAGGAAUUGUGCGUACAGACGCACGAUGUGUUGAAGAGUAUCUGCCAGCACAUCUCCAAUGACGUUGCCGCAUUCUCCGUGCAGCUCAUUACGGGAGGGACAAAAUUAACCGAGGAGCGUCGACUGUUGGUGGCGGGUGCUUCGAUUGUUGUGGGGACUCCCGGCCGCGUUCACGAUCACGUGCAACACUGCGCUCAGUGGAAUCUUGGGCGGCUUCGUUUUCUCGUUCUUGAUGAGGCCGAUCGAAUGUUGGCGGACGGUUUUCAAAGGGAUCUUGACGCGAUUGUGCAACGCCUGCCGAAGUCCCGUCAAACAUUUCUCUUCUCUGCAACCAACUCAAAGUCCGUUCGUGAACUCGCACGGCUGUCGCUUUACCGCACUCCACUUUUUAUCGCGACCACUGACAAUGCUCCCAUCCCAGUGCAGAUGAAAACUGAGCAUGGGACAAGCGAUGCCACCGCGAUGAAUCCCGCUUCUUUUCCGCCGUACAACUCCUACGCGGACCCGUUCAGUGACUGUGAGAGGGAAGAAGUAUCCACUUCGAGGGAGUCGAGUUCGAAGCCACACCACAUGGGAGGAGAUGCAGAGCCCAUCCCUAGCACGUUGCGUCAAUUCUGCCACAUUACGCCCGUUGAUAAGCGGUUGAUUUGUCUCUAUGUUUUUGUUAAGCGGAUCGCUCGUACCUCAAAGGCGAUGGUCUUCUGUUCUACCAUUGCCAGUACAACGUUCCACUUCCAAAUGAUGGGUUCUGUUGGGUUUCACAACGAGGUGAUGAUGCUCCAUGGUCACAUGAAACACCGUCAGCGUGUGGCUGCCUUCAAGGUUUUCAAUGAAUGGAAGACGGGCGUGCUGUUCUGCACAGAUGUGGCCGCCCGUGGCCUUGACAUUCCAAACGUGGAGUGGAUUUUACAAUAUGACCCUCCGCUCGAUCCCACCGAGUACAUUCACCGCAUCGGCCGGACGGCACGCGCAGGCAGUGUCGGCAACGCUCUACUUUUCCUCGCACCAGAGGAGGCGGGUUUUGUUCGCUACCUUUCCAAGUUUGACAUUACGCUGGAGAAGUACCCGAUGCCGGCGAAGAUUCCACCCAUUCAGAUGAAGUUGGAACAAGUGCUGCAGCUGGAUCCUAUCGUAGCAAAGAGCGCCGUCAGUGCCUACAGGGCACACGUUGGUGCGUACAUGAACCAUCUGUUGAGGGAGACAUUUAACAUUCAGCGGCUCAACUUGGCGGAGCUUGCCCGAUGUUUUGCCCUCACUUCUUUGCCGAGUGUAUCACUGCCUAAAAAUACUGCGGAGGGGAAGAGGCAGGAAUACGUCAAGGGCAAACUCAAGUCACUGAAUCGCCGUCGGCUUGAGGCGAAGAAGUACUAUGAGGCGCAGAAAACGAAGACUCAGUGGACGCCCGAUGGCCAUUUUGUUGGGGCGGUUCCACCGAAGUUUUAA